CUGCAUUUCGCAGUAUCUGGGUGGAGGGCAGAGGCUUGGAAGUUCUUCCAUAUGUGUGGAGAUGGCAGAGCCAGAUGGAGGCUGGGCAACCCAGACUUUCCAAACUGUCAGAGGAGCUUCGGUGCUUGCCCCGUUCGGAUGGCAUGAUGUCUCCCUCUGAGGGAUUCUAUGCAGUAACCCGUGAAUCUGGAUCUGUUUCUGCAUCUCCAACCUCUUGAGGCAGUGGUUUGGGGCUGAGCUUCUGAGCAGAGAUUUGUGUGCGGGCUCAAACCCUUCUGUCCCCACCUCCCCUCAGGCUAGUCCUCUGAACCCUGUUCUUCUGGUCAUUUGCCCUCGUGGGUGUAAAGAAGGUGGAAGGGUCUCAGAGGAGAUGCAGGUUCGGACUAGGGUUCCGCUGUUCUUACUUGGGGACGCCCCUCUCCAGCCUCAGUUUCCUCCUCCCUAAACCAAGAAUACCAGGUUAAGGUUUCAGGUUCAAAGAUGACGCAGGGUAAAGCUCAGAAAAGGACUUGGCGCUUAGGGUCUCAGGCCAUAGGAGGAAGCCUUGAAGCCACGGGUCAACGCUGCUGGCGGGGACGGAGAUCCAGGAGAUUUGUCCAAGGUCACUCAGCCCGAGGCCGGGUCUGACCCCAGGUGGCUUGAUUCCCGGGACCUGGGCUUGGCCAACAGCCAGGUUGCAGCUAGCGGUGUUGGAGGAGCGGAAGGGGCUUCUGUUUCAGAACGGUUGAGGGGAGCACGCUGUCCCCUGGGGGACUAGGCACUAACGGGGCUGCAGACACUGAGCCCUGACCCUCCCCGGGAGGGGCGGGGCGGGCAGUUACCUCAUCGCCGCCUCCGAGAGGCCCUGCUCGCUCGCUUGCUCGCCCGCGCGGCCGGCUGGGGCGCGGCUCCCGGCGCCGGAGCGAAGAGGACAGAGCUGCGGGCGGGGGCGGGUCUGCGCCGCGCCGGGUGCGCUCUCCCAGCGGGGCUGCGGGUUUGUCUGCCCGCUCGAUCCUCGGGCCUGGCCUCUUACUGCCCAGGUGCUGCAGGCGGCGCGACGCGGGUGUCUUCGGCAGGGCGCGCACGGCGCGGUGCCGGCUCAUGAAGCUCCCCGGCACCGGGCGCGGGGGCGCGGGCCAGCCAUGGGCGGCAGCCUGCGUGUGGCUGUUCUGGGUGCUCCGGGAGUGGGCAAGACUGCCAUCAUCCGCCAGUUCCUGUUCGGUGACUAUCCCGAGCGCCACCGGCCCACAGAUGGUCCUCGCCUUUACCGGCCCGCCGUGCUGCUCGACGGCGCUGUCUACGACCUGAGUAUCCGCGAUGGUGACGUCGCUGGCCCUAGCUCAAGCCCCAGAAGUCUUGAGGAGUGGCCAGACCCUAAAGAAUGGAGCUUGCAGGACACAGACGCCUUUGUGCUGGUUUACGACAUCUGCAGCCCCGACAGUUUUGAUUAUGUGAAAGCCCUGAGGCAGCGCAUAGCGGAAAACAGUAGGAAGGGACCCGCCUGCAUUUGUACACAUGAGGAGGAGGCCACGGAGUCUCCAGCACUGCGUCUCUCAUAUCCAUCCGGCCUCCAGGCCCGCAGGCGCGCCAGAGGCCCCCAUUCUCGUGGUAGGCAACAAGCGGGACCGUCAGCGGCUGCGCUUCGGACCUCGUCGUGCACUGGCCACUCUAGUACGCAGGGGCUGGCGCUGCGGCUACCUCGAAUGCUCAGCCAAAUACAAUUGGCACGUGCUGCGUCUCUUCCGAGAGCUUCUGCGUUGUGCUCUAGUGCGCACACGUCCUGCGCAUCCGGCCCUACGACUGCAGGGGGCGCUGCAUCCAGCGCGCUGCAGCCUCAUGUGACUGGAAUGGACAGGGAAAUCUCAUAAAAGCAGGCUCCCACCCAGUUUCCUAGCCGACAGGCUUUUCUUUGAACUUGAUUGGACCCAGCCAACUCCCAAUCAUUCAACAAGAUCAAUUUUAUCUGAGACCUUAUUGGGUCACAAUCGCUGAUGGAAAGGACUGGAAUAUGAACAUGGCUGGAAGCAUUCGUACAGCUCCUGGCGCUUUACUGCAAAUACCUUCUGGUUUUGGCUUUUUGAGACAGGGUCUCAAGACAUAGGCCUGACUGACAUUGAACUACAAAGAUCCACCUGCCUCUGCCUCUCCAGUGUUGGACUAUUGGAGCUACUUUUUAAGUCAUGCCUUACCAGGUAAUAAAAAACAAUUUAAACGCACAAUUUAAGGGUUUCUUGUUCUGGAAUAGGCAGGUCGGAGCACUGAGGUUUAGCCUCGAGGCAGUUAACUCUAGAAUCCCAGCAUAUAAUGAAGGCUCAGUCCCCAAAAAACAGGAGCUGGAGCAAAACUUUAC